AUGAGUGUUGUGGGAUUUGUGACAUCCAACCCGAGAGAUGAGAUUGGGGACACUAUCUCUCGAGCUCUUAAACCAUGUGUGACAGCAGAAUGGAAUGAAGCCCUCAUAAAAGACCCAACCCCGAUAGAGAUAAAAGAGGCCUUGUUUGCUAUCCACGCAGACAAAGCCCCCGGUCCAGAUGGCUUCUCCGCGAGCUUCUUUCACUCAAAUUGGGAGGUGAUUGGCCCCUCCAUCAUCCAAGAAAUCCAGCGUUUCUUCUCAACUGGAAUCAUGCCCACUAGCCUGAAUGAAACUCAUGUUAGACUGAUUCCUAAAAUCCAAGGAGCAAAGAGAGUUGAAGAGUACAGACCUAUUGCCUUGUGCAAUGUUUACUACAAAGUGAUAUCCAAACUCCUCUCCCUGCGCCUGAAGCCGGUCCUCAAAGAGAUCAUCUCAGAGAAUCAGUCUGCCUUCAUCCCUGGCAGAGCAAUUACUGAUAAUGUGUUAAUAACGCAUGAAGUGCUGCAGUAUCUCAAGACCUCUCAAGCCAAAAAACAGUGCUCAAUGGCAGUUAAAAUGGAUAUGUCAAAAGCAUAUGACCGCGUCGAAUGGGAAUUUCUGCUACAAGUAAUGACAAGACUAGGCUUUCAUUCUAAGUGGAUUAACUGGGUGAUGCAAUGCAUUUCGACAGUAUCAUAUUCCUUCCUAAUAAACGACUCAGUAUAUGGGAAAGUGAAACCUCACCGUGGCAUAAGGCAAGGAGACCCGAUCUCUCCUUAUCUCUUCAUCCUGUGUGGAGAACUCCUCUCUGGCCUUUGUAGAAACGCUGAACUUGAUGGAACUAUGAGGGGAAUCCGCGUUGCUCGAGGCAGUCCCCGGGUAAAUCAUCUGCUGUUUGCAGAUGACACUAUGAUGUUCUGCAACUCAUCAUCGGAGAGCUGCCUCUCUCUGUCCAAGAUCUUAAGGGAAUAUGAAAGAGCAUCUGGUCAAAAGGUCAACAUAUCCAAAUCUUCUAUUACCUUCUCUGUCAAAACCCCACAAGAAACAAAGUCAGUUGCAAAACACAUCUUGGGGAUUCAUAAAGAAGGUGGGGUGGGGAAAUAUCUAGGACUCCCGGAGCACUUUGGUAGAAGGAAGAGAGAUCUGUUUACCUCAAUAGUCGACAGGAUCAGACAGAGAGCCUCCAACUGGUCUACGCGAUUCUUAUCACGAGCUGGUAAACUCACCAUGCUCAAGUCGGUCCUAACAGCUAUCCCAACCUACGCCAUGUCGUGUUUCCAGCUUCCUAUGAGCCUCUGCAAAAGAAUUCAAUCUACUCUGACUAGGUUCUGGUGGGACGACACAACUGAAAAGAGAAAGAUGUGCUGGGUUGCUUGGGAUAAGCUUACCAAACCGAAAGCCUCUGGAGGAUUAGGAUUAAGGGAUAUACAAAUCUUUAAUCAAGCACUACUGGCAAAGGUUGCUUGGAGAGUCUUAACCGUACCUAAUUGUCUACUAGCUCGCGUACUUACCGGUAAAUAUUGCCACAAAAGGAGCUUCUUAGAGGCCCAACUCCCAGCGGUGUGCUCACAUGGUUGGCGAAGCAUUCUCCAUGGCCGCGACUUACUCCAAGAACACCUGGGAAAAGCCAUUGGAAAUGGUCAAAACACAAAGGUCUGGAAAGAUUCAUGGAUCUCCCUAGACAGCAGCGUCAAACCAAUGGGACCAGUUCAUGAAUCUGCUCUUGACCUGAGAGUAUCAGACCUCCUCACGAGUGAUCUCCUUUGGAAUAAGAAAAGGAUUGAUCAGUUCUUACCAGCUUUCAGUACGCAAAUCCAAAGCCUAAGACCAAGUAGGAAAGGAGCUGAGGAUGCCUAUAUCUGGACCCCUCUCACCACGGGAAUUUAUUCAGCAAGAUCAGGGUACAAUGCAACAGCACAGGCUACUCAUUCCCCUAGUACUCCCAUCUCUCAACCUGAGGCAGAGUUUAAUUGGUUAAAGGACAUUUGGUCAACAAAAUCAUCUCCAAAGCUCAAGCUCUUCCUGUGGUCGACUAUUCAAGGAGCUUUACCUUUAGGGGUAGAACUUCAGAAGAGAGGUUUAAACGCUGCAGUCCUUUGCCCUCGGUGUAAAGAAGUUGAAACUGCAAUGCACACAUUCUUCCACUGCCCCUUUGCCAAAGAAGUCUGGAACCAUGUUCCUUUCAAAACGCCAGUUCACAUAGCUGAGGAUAUGGACUUCAAAGCUGCAAUAGUCAAAUUCCGCCAAGCUCUCUCCAGAAACAAGCUCAUCUUCGAAGACAAAUCCAACCCCCCUAUUGAGAUCGCGACAAGAGGCCUAGCAGCAGCACUCGAAUGGGAUCAGGCACAGGUGGUAAUGAUAUCAAAGACAAACCCAAACAUACCGCAAAGAACUGCUCCAAUCAGGUUGAUUAGUCUAGAUACUGAGAACCCCUGUUUCGUCGAUGCCGCCUGGGACUCCACAGCUAAGCGAGCGGGAUCUGCAUGGAUCCUUAACAAACACCUCCCGCACCAUGCCCGAUCAGGAUCACAGAUCUUCGACAACGUCAACUCUCCCCUUAUGGCCGAAUCACUCGCUCUCCGGAACGGCAUUGAGGAAUUGAUCAAAGCGGGAGUACAAACCACAACUGUCUUCUCGGAUUGCCAAACGCUCAUCAGAGCUAUCGUCAACAAGAGUCAGAUCAAAGAGGUCUACGGCGUUCUCCAUGACAUCGAUCGCCUCUCUUCUCUCUUCGUCUCUAUCGGGUUCCAGUUCAUCCCUCGUUCUCAGAACAGGGAAACUGAUUUCUUAGCAAAACAGGCCCUUCAGGCCCAUGACUGUUUAAUUUCCUCUGUUUAA